CUCGCCAACUCCUCAUUGUCUUUGCUGUGUGCUCAGGGGGGAAACAAACCGAUGCUGUGUGAAGUGUAGGCGUGACAGUUUUCAUACAAACUCUUUAUUUGAUCGCAGCGAUGUGAGAAUGAGCAGAGCGGAGCCUGGGAGGAGAUGCCGGAGGUGCUGGCAGUGAUGUGGAUGAGAUUAUCUGAGUGAAAGACUGCUGCUGGAGUUAUCACAGGGAGAUUUUAUUUCAGUUUUUUCAAAAUACAGAUGGUUAAACAGAAAAUGACCACCAAUCCGUAUCUGGACACUUGUCCCCACUUCAUCCGUGAAUAUGAGAAGAUGAAACUUCCUGCGCUCGCCGAAUCAGAUGAUCAACCCCAGUAUGUUCACAAUGUGGCGCUGAAGCCUCCGCCUGAGAUUAGUCCCUCCAUCCCCAAGCACAAAGAUUUCAAACACAGGUGCAUCAAGUUCACUGUUGCUGCUGUCAUCUCCUUGCUGCUGCUGCUGCUGCUGGCUGGAGUCCUCCUUGCCUAUUACUUUUCUUCAUCCUGUAUUCAUGGGAUUAAAUGUGGAGAUGGGAACUGCGUGUGGGAGUCCCAGUGGUGUGAUGGGGUUACAGACUGUCCCGCAGGCCAGGACGAAGCUAACUGUGUGAGCCUGCACGGCUCCAGUUUCCUGCUUCAGAUCUACUCGACUCAGAGUAAAGCCUGGAGAUCUGUUUGUUCUCAUGGCUGGACCGAGGAGAAGGGCAGAGCGAGCUGCCAGAGCAUCGGAUACAGCAGGGGCACGUAUUUUAAAUCAGGCCAGCAAAGGGCUGACUGUAAUGAUGGAUUCUUACUAGUGAAGUCUAAGUUCAACCCUCAGGCAUCCAUACUGCAACAACUUGCCUUACAAAAUACAUGUCCUAACAACAUGGUGGUGACAUUGCACUGUACUGACUGUGGAAGCAGGGUGAACUCCAGCAGGGCGUCUGCAGGACAGCUGGCCUCCCUGGGGUCCUGGCCGUGGCAGGUCAGCCUCCAGGUUGCCGGCUCUCACCGCUGUGGAGGAGCCAUCAUCUCCCCCUACUGGAUAGUCACCGCCGCUCAGUGUGUGACCUGGGCCACCAGUCCUGGAGACUGGGCAGUGUAUGCUGGGAUAGUGGAUCCAUUAGGCCCUCUGUUUAACCCUGCUUACUCGGUGCAUCGCAUUAUAACUCAUGAGGCCUACAACAGCCAGACCCUGAAAAAUGACAUUGCUCUUAUGAGGCUCUCCCAACCUUUGGACAUAACAGGCUCCAGGAACAUCGGACCCGUGUGCCUCCCAAACGUGGGCCUGAAAGUCACUGCUCAUCAGAAGUGCUGGAUAACACGAUUUGGUCACAGAGCAAAUGACUCUGGACUUCCAUACCUGAUGGAGGCUCAGGUGUCUCUCAUAGAUGCUCCAGAGUGCAACAGUUUCAUCGCCUACACGAACAGGAUAUCCCAGGAUAUGAUUUGUGCCAGAGACAUGCAAGCAGGAGGCGGUGUGUGCCAUGCUGACGGCGGCGGGCCUCUGGUGUCCCUGAUGGAUGGAGUGUGGUGGCUCAUAGGUGACAGCAUUUGGGGGGAACACUGCGCCGGGCAGGAUGCACCGGGUGUUUACGGCAACGUCGCAUACUUCCUGGACUGGAUCCACCGUCAGAUGAAGAGGUAUCAAGACGACUGAUCACAGGAGCAAAGAUGAUCAACCCGACACGUAUACAGAGAAAAACUUACACUGAAUUAUUGCAAUUUUCUUUUUCAUAAUUUGUUACUUUUUGAAAUUACUUUAUUAUAAGUUGUGUAAUUACAUUUAAGUAUGUUUUAUUUUGUUGUAUUUUUCCCCCAAAAAGAAAUAAAAAUGAUUUAAAAACGAUUAUGUCUUUGAUUUGUCACAAGUUGUUUUAUUUACAACACAGUUUACAAUUUUUGGCACAGAAAAAAAUACACUCAUAAAUAAGCGAGCAGUUUUAGAUUCAAGUGUACUUUCAGUGAAACAGUUUCACAAAUUGACAUUUUGGCAGACUGUGACACGUUAGUGCAGCUUGGGUCAGAUUACAGGAAGCUGAAUGAGGCUGAA